CAGCCCAAGUACCAGCACAACUACCUGUGGGUGACCGCCUAGAAAUUCUCGAACUCUUGCCAUUCAGGGUCUGAUUCUUCCAUAAAAUCAUGUAGCCAACAACUUGACGUUUUAAGAGAUUCUUUCGAACGUACACCAGUUUAUGGAUUAACUCAGGUUUAAAGAAUUUGUUCGUCUUCGAGAUGGAAAUCUGCAAAUAGUGUCUUCAUUUAAAGAUUUAAAGAAAAAUGAAAGGAAUUAAAAUGUGGAUGUUCGCUGUUGCUCUAUUUUCUUGCAAUUUAGGCUUGAGUUUGUCAAAUAGUCCGCCAAUAUUUUUGAGAAAUAUCGAUUUGGCUGUCAUAAAAGAAAAUACACCAGUAGGAACUGAGUUUUUCCACUUGUUCGGAACUGAUCCCGAAAAUUCCACUGUCACAUACGGCUUAGAAGGCACGGACAGGUUCCAUGUGGAUUCCAAGACAGGUAUCGUCACGGUGGCUGCUCCCAUAGACCGUGAGAUCAAUGACAGUCUGAGAUUUCAUGUCACUCUCGAAGAUAUUGUCGGAGGCGGACAAGAUAACAAUAUUGUAAGGGUACCCGUGACGGUUAUAGUUCUGGAUGAAAACGACAACGAACCUCUGUUCCAUAACAUCCCUUAUGAAACAACUGUAUUAGAAGACACACCUGUUGGUACUACUGUAUACGAGAACAUCAAAGUUACAGAUGCCGAUGACGUUGGUGGAGUUUUACAAAUACGAUGUGAUUUCAGUCCCAUGUUUCCGACUGCAUGUGAUAAAUUCUCUGUAGUUAGCCAGUCAUCCAGCCCGCAGGCUUCUACAGCAUCCAUUGUACUACGGAGAAAUCUCGACUACGCCGAAAGCAACAGAUAUCUUGUAAAACUUGUUGCUGAUGAUGGACGCCAUAAUGCUAUUGCUACUGUCAUCGUCAACGUCGGGGAUGUCCAAAACCGACCACCUGUUUUCGUAGGAUCUCUGACUGGAAUUGUGGACGAAAAUGCGCCUGUUGGGACAUUGGUAAUGACCCUGAAAUCAAGAGAUGGUGACGAAGGAGACCCAAGAAAUGUCACAUACGAUUUGGUAACAAAUCCUGAAGAAUUUUUCAGCAUCCACCCUAUCACCGGUGAAUUGAGAACUGCAAAACUUCUAGACAAGGAAAUUUUCCCAUCCUCCAAUGGUGUUAUCAACGUAGGCGUUAAGGCGACAGAAGUUUUGCCUAAUGGUGCUCUAGCUGUCGGUACGGAAGCUUGGACAGUGGCUGCCUUGACUAUUACAAUCCGUGAUGUGAACGACGAACCGCCUACUUUCAAUAAAAUCAGUUACACUGUCAAUGUGAACGAGAAUGUAGCCAAUGGAACUCCUUUACCUAACCUGGACAUGUUUGUGCAAGAUACAGAUAGUGGCUCAAAUUCCGUUUUCAACAUAGAACUCCUUGAUGACUCGGGAAUCUUCAGCGUAGAACCUAAUUUGGCAACUGGAUCUACAUCGGUGAGCAUCCGUGUUGCGAAUGGACCACUCGAUUAUGAAAAUCCCAACCAAAGAAAAUUUAUUCUAUUGGUUGUAGCAAAAGAAGCGUUCACAAAUCCUCAGCUGUCUGGAACCGGUACAGUUACAGUGAAUAUCGUAGACACAAAUGAUAAUGUGCCUCGAUUCGAAAAGCCAGAAUAUAAAGCCACCGUAAUUGAAAAUGCUCCUGCAGGGACCGUGGUUGAUACAAUAACUGCCACCGACAGGGAUACAAAAUUAUUUGGUGAAGCAGGAAUUGUGUAUUCUAUUUUUGGAAAUGGAGCCGAAAAGUUCCAAGUGGGCGAAACAUCAGGCGUAAUCACCGUUGCUCCCUGUCAGACUCCAGGCUCCGGUAACUGUCUGGAUUUUGAGACGAGACCAACUUACUACCUAUCUUAUCAGGCUGUAGAUGAAAUGGGAAAAGGUCUGGCGACUGUCGUUCCUCUGACAAUUGCUCUCUCGGAUGCCAAUGACAAUGCCCCAAAUUUCCUUCACGAAUCCUAUUCUGCCAGUAUAGACGAAGGAGCAUUGAAAUUCGAUACACCUCUCCGCGUACAGGCUGUGGACGCUGAUUCAACGUCUGUUGUUACUUAUUCUAUCAUUGCUGGCAACAGUCACAACAUCUUUGCCAUCGACGGCAGGUCAGGGGAGAUAUCUGUUACUCAAAGGAAUGGCUUGGAUGUUUCUGCUCUCAAAACAGAUUUAAUUCUGCUAACUGUCCAAGCGAGUGAUGGUGGAAAUGGAGUUGUUACCACUACAGUUAAAAUCACCGUUAAGGAUGCGAACAACAAUGAGCCUAUAUUUCAAAAAUCCACCUAUACUGCGAUUGUUCCGGAAUCUUCCACACCGGGUACAACAGUGGAACAAGUUCUUGCUACCGAUGCCGACACGGGUGUUAAUGCCGAAAUAUCUUACAGAAUUCAAAAGGGGGCAUUUAAUGAUUUCGAUGUCGAUCCUAAGUCUGGAGAAAUUACAGUCAAAGCUGGAGCAAAACUGGAUUAUGAUCGAAGGAAAGAAUAUAAUAUCGAGAUAAUAGCUGUGGAUGGAGGCAGUCCCACGCAAACUGGCACGACAACCUUAAUUGUAAACAUCCUCAACAGUAAUGACAAGGCACCCUAUUUUACUCCUUCCACGCAACGUACACAAGUUACAGAAGAUCAAAAUGAAGGCCAUGUCUUCUAUACUUUGAAAGCAGCUGAUCCCGAUAUCAGCAGCCCCGAAUCUUUAGUGUAUGCCAUUUCUGAACCAAUCACAGCUACCGACAAAGAUGGAAGGCAGCUGCCAUCUGUAGUCACAGGAUUUAAGUCGUUCUUUGACGUGAUUCCUGAAACUGGAGAAGUGAAAGUUGCCAGUCGUUUGGACAGAGAAAUGGCGGCUAUAGUAACUCUUACAGUAAUUGUCACUGAUAUCACUGCUACUCCUCCUCAGACGGGAACAGGUACUCUGGUGGUGACUAUCAUCGAUCUUAAUGAUUAUCCUCCAUCUUUCCCAAGACCAUGGACUCCCGAGACACCGGAAGUUCAUGUGAAUGCCAUGGAAGAGCAACCGAAGGGAAGUGUAGUUGCCACUCUUAUUGCAACUGAUCCAGAUUCUAACAUCGCAGAGUACCGGAUUGAGCCAGAGAAUGAGUACUUUCACAUUGAUAAUGUCUCUGGGGUAAUAAGUGUAAAGAGCCGUGUUGAUUACGAAAGUAUCCAAGAGGUUGUUUUCAAAGUUGUUGUUUAUGACACAGGUAUUCCACAAAUGUCAGCUACUGCCAUUGUCACAGCUAAGGUCAUCAACAUCAACGACAACGAUCCCAUGUUCGACAAGAGCUCUUAUCACGCAAAAGUGCCAGAAAAUUCUCCUCAGGGAACCAGGGUGGUCGCUGUGCAGGCGGUGGAUGCUGACGCUGGAGACUUCGGGAUCAUUAAGUACUCCUUACUUGGCGAAAGGAGUCAUGAUUUCACAAUCGAUCAAAAGGGAAUAAUAAGAGUGGCUGCUGCGGCUAACUUGGAUCGUGAGACAACACCUUCGAUAACUUUGCAAGUUGUGGCAACGGAUCAAGGUCAAGACGUAGACACUCGCAGAGCCAUCUCUGUUCCGCUGUACAUCGCUUUGGAAGAUCAGAAUGAUAACCCUCCUACGUUCACUCAAAGAGAAUAUGAAGCGUCUGUUGUAUCUAAUUUGCCAGUAUCUCCUCCGACGUCAGUUAUGCAGUUGACUGCUGAAGAUAAAGAUAUCGGAGAUAAUGCCAAAAUAUUCUAUAGCAUCAUUGCUGGAAACGAAAAAGAUGUUUUCGGAAUCAACCCUGAGACCGGCGUCAUUUACCCAACGAAGGAACUUCCAGAGAAUGUAAAAAGUUUCAAACUGAAAGUACGCGCCAUGAAUGAAGGUGACGAAUCACAAGUUGACGAAGCUGUCGUCCAUAUUCGAAUUGUGGAGAUUAAUCAAGAUAAACCCAAGUUUUUAUUUCCAGCCACUCCUGAUGCAACUGUGGAGAUACCUGAAAAUCAGAGUGUACCAGAUUUCCUGGUACUGAUGGUGUCUGCCGAAGAUAAAGAUCGUGGUGAGAAUGGUCGUGUUUCCUACUACUUAAAAGUGGGAGACACUAAUGUAGAGGAGACAGAGCAUUUCCGCAUCAAUACGGUUACAGGCGAGAUUAGAACCAAAGUGAUUUUAGACAGAGAAGAAAACCCCAAAUACCAGUUAGUUCUGGCUGCUCGUGACAACGGUUCUCCAGUCGCUUUCGAAUCACUUCGCUUCCUGACUGUCAUUUUAUUAGACGUGGACGACAACAGCCCAGAAUUUCCUCGAACUCAGACAACCAAUCCCUACGUUUUCACUUUGGAAGAAAACUUGCCAGUUAACUUUCCUAUUGGCCAAGUAAUAGCUCAAGAUAAAGAUGUUGGAGAAAAUGCUUUAAUCUAUUACUACAUCGUAGAUGGAAAUUUUGGUGGAAAUUUUAGAGUCGAAAGAACUACCGGUGUGUUGAGGUCAAAUUCAUCGUUUGAUCGUGAAGAACGAGAGUAUUACGAAAUUGUCGUCAAAGCUACGAGCAAUCCAGAUUAUAUCGUGUAUGAGCGAGAAGAGGAGCAAGGAUUUUCAGCCGCUUCUCGCAGUUACAGGGAAGAAGAUCUAUCGUUGGCUUUAGUUCGAAUUACCAUAUCUGAUGUGAAUGACAAUGCCCCCAAGUUUCUCAAUGAUCCUUAUCUUGCAGGUAUCCGUACGUCGAUGCAAGUGGGAGAUCUUGUUGCUGCGGUUUCCGCUGUUGAUCCGGAUGUAGGUGAAAACGGGAAGUUUGAAUACAGGCUCGACGCAAUCCGGUUAUUUCGUCCGGGUGUCAGCGGCAGUGUCCGACCCGUGCCAUCUCCUUUCAAUAUCUCAUCGGAUGGCCAUAUCACAGCGGCACAGCUAAUGGCUCAAUAUGAUCAUGCUCGUUUUGAACUGAGAGUGGCUGCCAAAGAAGUUGCUUCACCUUUCAGAGUAGCAAAAGCAACUGUGAAAGUGUGGAUUUAUGAGCAAAAUCAGUUAGUAAGAGUUAUAGUACCUCAACCACCUGAAGAAGUGCAUAAACGUGAAACUUUAAUCCAUGAAAUCCUUUCUAAUGCCACGAGAGGUGUAGUGGUAAUUGAUGACAUCAGAUACCACGUGAAUGAAAAGAAAAAAUUAGUUAGAAAAUGGACGGAUCUCUACAUCCAUGUAGUAAACAACCAAGAUGAAAUGAUGCUCAUACCGCAAGUGCUGGAAGCCGUGGAUUCGAAUUCGAAAGUACUCAGUGACCGCCAAGAAAUUAAAAUCCACAAAAUAGUGCCAGCUUAUGUAGAUCUUCUGGAUGAAGAAUUCGAUCUUGCCCUUGCAGCUCUCAUCGCUCUGCUCGUCGUUAUAUUUGUUGGCAUAAUUACUAUGAUUGUGUGCUGUCUCUGCUUGAAAAAAUGGUACACAGUCAAAAUUCACGAAGCUCUGAUUCCACGAGAUGAAGCGGACAAUGGAAACACAACGGAAAAUCCUUUGUGGACUGAACAGAAACUAAAGUUGUAUGAAGAACAAGAAUUGAGUAUGAGUGUGGUACCCGACCACAGCGAGAAUCCACGACAAGUGACUGCAGCAGAGGUGGAGGCAGAUGCGGUGUAUGCUACUCUGAGGAAAGGUAACAGACUUGCAACUUUCCACCAACAGCCGGCGAAUGAGUACGCGACACUGGAUGGCUGCUCCACUGGUCAAAAUCCUGACAUUCAGCUGGAGAAUCAUGAAUAUCACGAACUUAAUUCUCGGCAGCCUUCGGGAUAUUUUUCGUCAAACCCAACGUCUUCCGAACCUCCUCAAGAGAAUGACAUGCAAGCAUCUACAUUGACUAUAGAUAAAGAUGGAGAGCCUGUUCUCAUUACAGAACUACUGUAACCUUGUUUGCAUCCUUUAUGUAAAUAGUUGUUUGUGAGUAAUGUAUUCAAUGUUUAACGGACAUCAGUUUUUCGUUUUUACAAAAUGAUUCGUGUUGACUGCGAAUCAAGUAAAAGAACAAUUAGUUUCUCAUUAUGGAAACUGUUUAUUUUUAAGUAACUCGUGCAUGUCAUCGUUCUAUUUAUUCAAAAAAGGGACUAUAUUUAAAUACGUUACAAGCGACCUUUUUUUGUUAAAAUAAAGAUUUUGAUGUUAAUUAAA